UUUUCUUCGUUGUUGAUUGAUUGUACGAAUCGCGAGAGAAAGGAAAACUGCAGCAGCUACGGGAAAAAAGUGAAAAGUUACCUCGGAAUAAAUAUACGACUCCCAUUUCCGUCGGUACCAGGCGGAUUCCCAAGCGCCACAAAGCGAUUUUCCGCGAUUAACGGUGUUUCAGGUGUCGCGGCUCAAGUGGUCAGAAGUAUUUUCAGUCAAGGUCUCCUCCCCCUGGCUAGAGUUUGGCAUUGUUGUGAAGAGAAGUUCCUUCGUCGCAGAAAAAAAAAUCCGUUUCUUUGCCCUCGUCAUCCGUCAGUGACUGAAGAAGCUUCUGAGCUGCUGCCCUUGGCCUCGUCAUUAACCGUCAUUGUGGUCAGGUGAAGAAAAUCCGCGUUCUUUUGUUUGGCUAUCGAAGUGCUGAUUGAAAAAAAAAAUCGUCAUCCAGAAAUAUUUUCGUCUCCGUUGUCAAGAAGCAGCAGGAAGAGAAAUUUUUCCCCCCACCACCAAAUCUUGGAAGUAGCUGUCAAAAACAGAAAAAAAAGUUUCUGUGGUUUUUUUCGUUUAGCUCCGUCGUCUCUAAUCAACAACCACCACAAAUCGAAAUGAUUAAACUUUUCUCGCUGAAGCAGCAGAAGAAGGAUGGCGAAGCGCCAAAAUCCGGACCCCAGAAGAAGGCUUUUACCGCGGCCCAGCUGAGAAUCACUAAAGAUAUCAACGAGCUGAAUCUGCCCAAGACCUGUGCCACGGAAUUCCCCGAUCCGGACGAUUUGCUCAACUUCAAGCUGGUCAUCUGCCCCGACGAGGGAUUCUACAAGGGGGGACGAUUCGUGUUUAACUUCAAGGUCGGCCCUAAUUAUCCCCAUGAGCCCCCGAAGGUGAAAUGCGAAACCCAGGUCUACCACCCGAACAUCGACCUGGAGGGUAACGUGUGUCUCAACAUCCUGCGCGAAGACUGGAAACCGGUGCUAACUAUCAACUCGAUCGUGUACGGACUGCAGUACUUGUUCUUGGAACCGAACCCCGAGGACCCACUGAACCGAGAGGCGGCCGAAGUGCUCCAAACGAACCGACGCCUCUUCGAGCACAACGUGUUCAAGGCGAUGCGCGGUAGCUACAUUGGGGAAACCUAUUUCGAGCGCUGUCUCAAGUGAUACAUAAGUUCAACACUCACACUAAAAUGUUGCGUUUAUUUAAUUAUUCUUACGAUUGGUGGACGCUAUUAUAUAGACUUUAAAUAUAACUAAAUGGUAAAAGUGUGGCGAGGCGGGCGGAGUUAGAACAAGCGCAAAUAAUAAAAGAAAAAACAAUAGCCGGGACACGCGAGCACGAGAGCGUAAUGAACGUUUGGUACCGGAGAGGUCACCGUGUGGAAUGUUUAGCACUGCGAGAGAUCGAGAAGAAGUGGAACUGCGAGAAAUAAUGAAGAUAUCGCGUUCGAGUUGCGAGUGAAAAGGAAAGGUAAAAACAAAUUGAGCAUUACAACACUGGGAAUGUAAAAUUUAUAAUCCAAACAGAUUAAAUCAACAACUAUGAAACAAAAUUGCAACAUCAUCUCAUGUAUCAAUAAUGAACGCAAAUAUAACCAAACACUUUGAUCGAGUUGCUAUUCAUUUCUGUUCUUACCAUUGAAAUAGAACGUGUCUGGUUGAAAAGAUUGCAGUCAGUUAUGCAAGCUCUGAACGAGAGAGCGAAAAAAAUGAACACAAAUUGACUACUUGAAGUGGAAUAAAAUAAAAAAAUAAACAAGAAUCAAUGAUCUUAGUUUAAUUUACAUGAACAGUAAGAAGUAAGAUUAAUAAACGGUAUUUAUACAUAGGCAGACCACACAAAUGUAUCUAAUAUCUUGAUUUCUAUUCCACCAAACCAACACAACACGCUGCAACGUUCUAUAUGCUAAUCCAAUUCUCUCACUUCUCUAUCUAUGAAAACAAAAGGUAGACUAUAUGAAAGCAACAACAGACAGAAAAAAAAAAACAACAAACAUGAAUAUCCACGAAUCCAACAACAAACAGGCAGUUUAACGAAUUACUGAAUGUACUGAGGAAACUAGUGACAAAAAUGGAAAAAAAUACAGAGAGCUACAAUUAAAUAUGGAAAUUUUAUUCGAA